AAGAGGGGAAAGAGAGAGAGAUUCGCGGCGGAAAUUUCGGCGACGACCACGGCGGUGUCGGGCACGUGCGGCGGUCGCGAGCGCGCGCGGAACGAGAGAUGGAACGGGGAUUGGAAUCGGGUGUCGGAAAAGGUUCCGGGGAAUUAGGGCUCAGGGGUUAAGGAAUGAUUUGAGCCCAACGAUGAUAGAGAUUUGAAAAUAUUUUUAGCGCGUGCUUUAUUUGGUAAAUUUUUCGGGAUGUCACAGGCAGCGAACUGUUACGGCGCGGCAGGCAACGACUGCUCGUGAAGAGACGCGAGUGGUCCUACAGUGCAUAGCGGCGGCCAAAAUUUUUUUGAACCUUUGAAAAUGUUGAAUACCCAAAUUCCAAAUCCUAAGCCCUCCCUUGGUUUGAACCACCAUGGAAUUGAAGGUGACCACAUCAUAGCUGAUGUUUGCUGCAGUAGGCCGCAAUCUUCCCCACGAUUGCUAAGCUAAUUUCUAUGGGCUUUCGAGCUUGCGAGAAGAGGCCUAUUUGGAGUAGUGGUAGAAGUAAAGGAAAAAAGAGCACGAGCACCCUGGGACUGGCUGGGGUGUGUGGCUGAGGUCGUCGCGAGAGGAGAUGGCGCCGACGACGACCCAAGAACCCGCCGCUCGCAUCGACCAGGACGGCGCCUGCAAGCCGCUCGUGCUCUUAGCCGACCCUCUCAUCCCAAAGUUCCAGUCGGACCUCUCCGCCCGCUACCACCUCCUCCCCGCCGCCGGGGCCGACGCGGCCGCCGCCGCCUCGGCGCGGGCGCUCCUCAUCAUCGACCUCCCGGCGGUGACGGCGGACCUCAUCGACGCGCUCCCGGCGCUGGAGCUGGUGGUGGCCUCGUCCGUCGGCGUCGACCACGUCGACCUCGCCGCGUGCCGGCGCCGCGGGAUCCGGGUCACCAACGCCGGGGACGCGUUCGCGGCCGACGCUGCGGAUUACGCCGUCGGGCUGGCCGUCGCCGCGCUCCGCCGCGUUCCCGCAGCCGACGCCUACGUCCGCCGCGGCGGCUGGGUGGCCCACGGCGAGUACCCGCUCGCCACCAAGGUGAGCGGCAAGCGCGUGGGGAUCGUGGGUCUCGGCCGCAUCGGCUCGCAGGUGGCUCGGCGCCUCGCCGCCUUCGGGUGCCCCGUCGCCUACCACUCGCGGUCGCCCAAGCCGUCGUCACCCUACAGGUUCGUCCCCACGGUGCGCGCCCUGGCCGCGGACAGCGACGUGCUGGUGCUGUCGUGCGCGCUGACGGAGGAGACGCGGCGCGUGGUGGGGCGGGAGGUGAUGGAGGCGCUGGGCAAGGACGGCGUGCUCGUCAACGUUGGCCGCGGCGGGCUGGUGGACGAGCCGGAGCUGGUGCGCUGCCUGCGGGAGGGCGUCAUCGGCGGCGCCGGGCUGGACGUGUUCGACAAGGAGCCGGACGUGCCGGCGGAGCUGCUCGCCAUGGACAACGUCGUGCUCUCGGACCACAGGGCCGUGUUCACGCCGGAGUCCUUCCGCGGGGUGCUGGACGUCGUCGCCGGAAACCUCGAGGCCUUCUUCGCCGGGAGGCCGCUGCUCAGCCCCGUCACGCUCUGAGCUGUGUGUGAACUCGGCCACACAGGGCUUCAGUUGCGAGGGGUUUGGAGUUGCUUGUACUUUUUUAAUCUUCUUUUUUCUAAUAAUAAAAGUUACGGCAAAUCUCUUGCCAUUUCUUCAAAUUUUUUUUUGAAAACUUGUUUUCUUUAGCUGAAGUUGACGGAAAAUUUGACUUGAAAGUAGAGGUUUUUGGUUUA